AUGCGAUUUUUAGAUUUUGUUAAGGCUGGUGAACUAGUAGUGAAAAAUUCCUUUUUUGCUCUGGAGCGAGAGAAGAUUAAGCAGGCGUUCAUCUUAUGGUUAGAGGAAAACCCACUUCUGCAAGAGAACUUGAUCAAGAGCUACAUUGGUGAAUUUUGGCGAGUGUGUAUGACGACUAUUAUGAAUAAUAUAGAACUCCCUGCACAACUAAAGAACGGCCUCAGCAAAAAGUCACUAGUAGAUGUGCUGCGUUUCCAAUGUAAUGGACGAGUUAUCUACGAGACGUAUGGUGGUGAGGUUUACUUGAACAUUCCGCAUAAUGUGACAAAAGAAGAACUAAUCCAAGUAAUGACCUGCUAA